GCUGUGCGGCCACCUGUGCGUGCGCUCAGGACCGCUCCCCUCGUCCUCCCCUCGGCCACCUGUCUCCCUUACUCUCGCGCCUCGCUCCUUCUCCCCCUGUUUACCUCUAUCGGGCCCCUCCUCUUAUAGGGCUUGACUUUGUUUUCUAAGCAAGCAGCCUAAACCAGAAGAAUCCUUUUAAACAGGCCUUUGAAUUUUAUGCUCCUCCCAUUUUUCUGGCGUUCCUUUUUGAAAAUAGUCUUGGGAGCCGUUUUAUUCCGUUCGAUCCGUGUGGUCUUCCAUGAACUUACUGAUUCCCAUAUUGACUGCGGAAAGACUCUCAUUUAGAAGCCUUUGCCAUCCAGAGGCUCUGAAAGACAUUUUGGCAGUAUGGUUCUGACCAACCUUAUAGAAGCCAUUCUGCCCAAAAGGAGUAAGGAUGCUUGAAGACAGGAGGCCAGUUUUGGGCCUGUCACUGCCAGGGUGUCCGGUGGUGCAGACAAAGCAGCAUGGUAGCUUUGUUGACUUAAAAGAGUUUAUAGGCUCUGCCUUCUGAGAUGAUCCAUGCUCUGUGGAGUUUGUUUCUCACUAAAUAAAUCCAGUUCUUACCUAAAACAAAGUUUGCUGAAUGUGUAGGUGCUUAUCCUCUUGGGCUCUUGGUGAAUUUCAGAUGAUAAGAAUAAACUUAGUUUUUUCUUAUCCAGUUGAUCAGGUUUCUAUUUUUUCAUCCCAGGCGUUUAACAGAUUUUAUUUCAGAUGAAUGGCACCUUGGGGUUGAUGGUUCUGUUCUUCACAUCAGAUUUUCUGUUUACAAAAUACUUACUCUACUUUUUGCAGACUGAAUUUACCUCAGCAUCCACAAACUCUUCACCUCAGAUUGGUUCCUGUGUGUUUUCUGUUUGCAAGUCAGUGGGAGUUAAGCAUAUACCAGCUGAAAAGCCAGAUAAGGAAAUGCAUUCUUUCUCCCAGCAGUUCUGAGUUAACUUGGUCAAAGCCAGUUUUUCUGUUGGCUUGGGCAGCAAAGUGAAAAGAGAAUGCUCCACUUGAAGCAAUGUCAGCAUCUGAAACAGAUAACUCAGAAAUGCUUGUCUCGCAUCCAUGUGAAAACAGGUAAAUAUCCACAGCUAUUUCUUUCAAGAACCUUUGCGCUUGCGGAAUUAAGGAAGUCAUGGCAUUCCAUCUACUCACUUGUUGGAGACAAAAAUAUUAUCCUGAUGGGACCUCCCGGUGCUGGGAAAACAACAGUAGGCAGAAUAAUAGGCCAGAAACUGGGUUGUUGUGUCAUCGAUGUGGAUGAUGAUAUCCUUGAAAAAACCUGGAAUAUGAGUGUGUCUGAAAAAUUGCAGGAUGUUGGUAAUGAGCAAUUUUUAGAAGAGGAAGGAAAAGCCGUGUUAAACUUCUCUGCAUCUGGAAGUGUGAUUUCCCUUACUGGGUCCAACCCAAUGCAUGAUGCUAGCAUGUGGCAUCUAAAGAAAAAUGGAAUAAUUGUUUAUCUGGAUGUACCUCUACUAGAUAUAGUCAGUCGUCUAAAAUUAAUGAAAACAGAUAGGAUUGUAGGUCAGAAUUCUGGAACCUCUGUGAAAGACUUACUUAAAUUUAGAAGACAGUACUAUAAGAAGUGGUAUGAUACUCGUGUUUUUUGUGAAAGUGGGGCUUCCCCAGAGGAGGUAGCCAACAAAGUGCUGAGUGCAGUUAAAAGAUACCAAGAUGUGGAUUCAGAAACAUUCAUUUCCACAAGACACAUUUGGCCUAAAGACUGUGAACAGAAAGCUCCAAUGAAAUUCUUUAGUGAAGCUGUGAUUGAGGGGUUAGCUUCUGAUGGUGGACUUUUUGUUCCUGAAAAGGAGUUUCCAAAGUUAAACUGUGGGGAGUGGAAAAGCCUGGUAGGAGCAACAUACAUAGAAAGAGCACAGAUACUUCUGGAAAAAUGUAUACAUCCUGCUGACAUACCUGCUGCCAGGCUGGGAGAAAUGAUUGAAACUGCUUACGGGGAAAACUUUGCCUGCUCAAAAAUCGCCCCUGUCAGGCACCUGUCAGGCAACCAGUUCAUCCUGGAGUUAUUUCAUGGACCAACAGGAUCAUUUAAAGACCUGUCUUUACAGCUCAUGCCCCAUCUUUUUGCACACUGUAUUCCACCAAGUUGCAAUUUUAUGAUACUUGUAGCCACCUCAGGAGACACUGGAAGUGCAGUCUUAAAUGGCUUUAGUCGUCUUAAUAAGAAUGACAAGCAGAGAAUAGCCGUGGCCACAUUUUUUCCUGAAGACGGAGUCAGUGAUUUUCAAAAAGCACAAAUAAUUGGCAGUCAGAACGAAAAUGGAUGGGCAGUAGGUGUCAAAUCAGAUUUUGAUUUCUGCCAGACGUCUAUAAAAAGAAUUUUUCAAGAUUCUGAUUUUACUGGCUUUCUUGCUGUGGAAUAUGGAACCGUCUUAAGUUCAGCUAAUUCCAUAAACUGGGGCCGACUGCUUCCCCAAGUAGUUUAUCAUGCUUCUGCAUACCUUGAUCUCGUUAGCCAAGGAUUUAUUUCUUUUGGAAGCCCAGUUGAUGUGUGUAUUCCCACAGGAAACUUUGGUAACAUUUUAGCAGCAGUGUAUGCCAAAACCAUGGGAGUCCCUAUUCGAAAAUUUAUCUGUGCUUCUAAUCAGAACCAUGUUUUGACUGAUUUUAUAAAAACAGGACAUUAUGAUAUAAGGGAAAGAAAACUAGCACAGACCUUUUCACCAGCAAUUGAUAUCCUCAAAUCUUCAAACCUGGAGCGACAUUUACACCUGAUGGCUAAUAGAGAUGGACAGUUAAUGAGAAGACUGUUUAAUCAACUAGAAGAGGAGCAUCACUUCCAGAUAGAGAAGAUCCUAGUUGAGAAACUUCAGCAGGAUUUCGUGGCUGACUGGUGCUCUGAGGGAGAGUGCCUGGCAGCGAUUCACUCCACCUACAACACUUCGGGGUACAUUUUGGACCCACACACUGCUAUUGCGAAAGUAGUUGCGGACAGAAUGCAAGACAAAACUUGCCCAGUGAUCGUCUCCUCUACAGCUCAUUACUCCAAGUUUGCACCUGCUAUCAUGCAGGCUUUAAAGAUUGGAGAAAUCAACCAGACUUCAUCAAGUCAGGUUUACUUACUAAGUUCAUACAAUGCCUUACCUCCACCACAUGAGGCUUUACUAGAGAGAACAAAACAGCAGGGGAAGGUGGAGCACCAGGUCUGUGCAGCUGAUGUGAAUGUCCUGAAGAAUCACGUGGAAAAACUUGUACAAAAUCAAUUCAUAUGAAAGUUUUCUGAGUAAAAGAAAAAUUCUGGUGAAAAGCAUGCAGUAAUAAAUCACAAAAGUUGAUUUUGAGUACAAAUAACAUUUUGUUUUUUAUGUAAAUAUGUCUAUACAUAGAUGUUAUCUUUUGGAAUUUCAGUAGCGUCGUCUCUAGGUCUGUCCAUUGUCCCUACACAUGCUCCUUGGAUCCUUAAUCUAGAAGUGACAGAAAGUAGCAUAAUGCAUGGACCCUUGUGCUGUGUUCUGCACCCAUGAGGGAUAUAUCAGUUUCUCCUCCUUCACCCCCACUUUUAAAUGGACCAAAAUGUCUCCUACUCUGACACUUAAAAUAUUUCAGCAUAGCUGUAACAUAGUCUAUCUGUAACCAUUAUUAGUUCUUUAUUGACUAGAAAGAUAAUUUACACUCUAAUGGUUAACUUAUUUGGAAGAAGUAGUAAGCUCAUCUAUUAAGAAAUGGCUGGCAUUUUUUACUCUCCUCAGAUUCCAUUUUGGACUAUAGUUAAUUAAGUGGAUCCUACACCAUCUGGAUUAGAUAAGUGUUCAGCUUUCACUCCCCUUGGGGUGUGUAUAGUUAAGGUGAUGUAGUUUGAAAAUCAAGACCCCCCCCAAAAAAAAAUCAAGACCCAAGAUUUAAAUCUGAUGUGAUCAUCAACAGAACUACCUAGUAGUAGAUAUAGAAAUAAAAUUACAUAUCUGUUUCAAGAGAAAAGCUUUCCAAACUUCGGAGUAUUUGAAUAGUCUUAAGAGAAGUAUGGUUAUAGUUAUAGCAGUUUUCUUGUAUUAUUUGGACUCUAUUCCUAUAUAAUUUGUCUGUUGUCUUUUUUUUUUCAGUGAACAUUGCCUUUUGGCAGCUAAAACCACAUGCAAUUGAUGCACAUAUUUAGUGUUUCCUUUGUAGUAGCAAUACAUUAUAAUCAUGAUUUCCAUUUGUGAAUUUCUUGGAUGUUUUAUUUCUGAAUUAAAAGAUUGUCAUUGAAAGGACCUGUUAAUGUAAUGGACUACUCUCAACCACAAGAUGGCAUUCCUAACAUAAUUUGUCUUUGCUGAUAACAUUCUGCUUCAUUUUCUGGGAGAACUGUCUCCAUAAAGAAACAUGUUGCAGGUUGUCAAGAAAAAAAUUGUAAAAGUUUAAUGAGCAGAAAUGAUUCAUUUAAAAAUUUAAAAAAUUAAACCAACUAUAUUAACUUUGGAUCUCCAGCUUCUAAAAAGUACAUUCUAAAACCAAAACUUGAAAACCAAGAGCAGUUACAAGAAAAUAAUGGAGGAUUCAAAGUUCACUUACUCCUGUAUGUCUUAGUUAUUUUAUCAUAUUUUUUUAAGGAUAAGUGUUUCAGUAGCCAAUAUGUUUAGAAAAUACAUGUAAAUUUUCCUAUGUGUAUGAAAAUGCACUAUUUUUCUGAAAGUGGGAGGGACAGUUUUGUUUUUAAAAGACAUGAUUUUUGCCCACAUGAUUGUAGUGAAGGAGACAAUGUGUAAAAUUGAAUCAGGUUCAACAUAGAAGUUAUUGCAAGACAGUUCAUGAGAAAGUAAAAAGUAAGGGAUAUAGUUAAGAGCUGUCAGAUUACCAUGGGCCAAUCAGAAAAGGCGUCACAGAAGACACAAGCUGCAGUGAGUCCUGAAGGAUGUCAAGAUUUUCUAGGUGAAAAGGAAGGGGAAGUACAUUAUAGGCAGACAAGGGAAAUAGUUACAGUGAGUUGCUCAAGAGAGCACAUUCCUUUAUCUCCAGUUGGUUGGUUCUCUUAUUUCAUGUUUUCACUUUUUCUUAAUACCAAGUCUAGCCCUUCCCUCUCAGCUAAUGACCUUGCCUCAGUCAAGAGGAAAUAAGCCAUCAGUGAAGACAUGGCUUCCUAUCACCAAGUGUCUGAAACUGCUGUGCCUGUUUGUCUCCUCUCCUGCUCCCCCUGGAUUGAAUUGGGUGAUAUUCCUUCAGGAAUGUCUUGGCUUCUGUUCCUGGCAGAAUACUCCUGUCACUUGCUUCAUCAGCUAUCUCCUCUAGUGCUGCUUCAGCUUCUCCCCUCUGAUGGGACCAUCCUUUCUAUACCAUUCGGAUGCUCUCUUUUCACAUCUUAGAAAGUGUAAGAGCAAAACAAGUCAACAGCCACAUUCCCCCACCAUCUACUUUUUAACUUACGUUCCAUUCAAGACCCAGCCUCUUCGAAAAGAGUUGUCUACCCGUGUCGUCUCCACUUUCUUGCCUCUUAUGUUCUCCAGAAUGUGUAAAGUACAUGUACUGUUCAGGGAGGAGUAUUAGAACACAUAUGUGCUGCUCCCCACUUUGCUUUAAGAGUGAAACAUACCUCGUGUUUGACACCUCCUGUGGCUCCUAUUUGAUUAUCUUCGCUUCUCUCCCUCAGAAGUAACCACUAUCCUAAAUUUUCUCUUUAUGAUUUCCUUGUUUGUAUGUACAGUUUUGCCUCUUUUUAAAUUUUAUGUAAAUGGAAUCAUACUAUACAUAUUAUUCCAUGACUCUCUUUUAUUCAAUAGUUUUGAAAUUUAACCAUGCAGAUGACAGAAGGCAGAGUUCAUUAAUUUUAAUUACUGUAUAAUCUAUAGAAUGAAUGCCACAGUCUAUCCAUUUAUGUUAGUGGACAUUUAAAUGGUCUAAUAUUUAUCUGUACUUGCAUCCAAUAGGUAUACUGUUUCAUAAAAUUUGUAUUGAAGGCUAGUGAAAAUGAACUUCCAAACAUCUGUGAUUCUUUCUAAUGGUAUAUCAAAAUGUAUUUCAUAUCUUAGCUGUAUUAAAAUAAAAAUGUGUGGUUUGUUUAUAAUAUGAAAAAUUAUCAGUUCUUGAGCAAUGGUUAUAAUUUCUUGCUUCUCCAAUCUUUGAAAUUAUUUUACAGUGUCAAAAAUAUGGUGAAUUUGUAAGAUUUUUAAUUGGAUAUCAGUGAAAAUAGUAAAAAUUUUUUUCAUCAAAAUAGAGUUUAGGAGGUAAUAAAUUGUUCUGUUUGAAGUUUUUGUUAGAUUUUAAUAGCAAUUCACUUCCAAAAAUGAUAAUGGCAAAUACUGUUUCUCUCAAUCCAUUAGAUCAUUUAAACAUUUUGUAAUUCAGACUACUUAAAACAUUAAGAAAAAAAGUAGCUGUUUUCACAUGAGCCUCAAACUCAUGGGAACAUAAAUAAUAGAGUUUUGUGUAGGAAGAUGAUUAAAGCCUGAUGAUUAAAA